UGCGCUCUAUGCACAAGCUGUCACCGACUUGUUCUCGGUGUGAGAUUGAGCGUGGCAAUGUUUACAAGCGGCGGUGGGGAAGUGACAUCGAAUUCCAAUACACGAGGGUCGACAACAGAUAGGAGAUAGCCCCAUUCGUACACCGACAUCGCGCCUGUCAACUGAUCGACUCGCACGAGCUGGGACGCACGCCGGUACCAUCUCGACAACUCACGAUUUCACUUCAAGUUGUCAGUCAGUCAGCGAUUGGAUUCGGAAAGUCACGAAAAUGAACUGGCGACAGCUAUGGGCGAUCACAGUGGGGCAUGACCCAUCAGUUGACUUCCUCCAUCCUCUAAUAGCAGCGCUCCUGUUCUACAUCAUCGCAUACACCGCAUGCUUCACGUUCUACACAAUUUCCUACCAACUCUUCCCAAACUCGCUCAAGAUCUACAUCCUCGACUUCUUCAAGACCCUCGUCAUUUGCUCCUAUCCCUACGGCCAUGGACUUGUUCGCAGUUUUGCCGGACAUGUCGGAUACUGUGCAGUUGCCGUACCCUUAGUGAUGUUGACGUUGCACACGUUCAAAGAAGGGUCACCAUCACCGCUGUCUGUGUUUGAAGACUUCCUUGCCAAAAAGUUAUCCCUGUUUAAGACUCUUGUAAGAAUCGUUGUCCAGACGGCAGCAGGGUUUGCGUCAUUCCGGCUUGUUCACUUGAUCUGGUCGCUUGAGUUUCACCCUGAUCAUGUUAAGAGCAUGAGAGCAGUGGGCUGUGACACGGACCUCAAGGUUUCCAUAUUUGUGGGCUUCCUCAUCGAAAUGAUGGGAGUGUUGUAUGAUACUUGGCUCUCCUAUCAACCACUCUUCAGAUUCUCACUCCUGGAUGAAGCAGUGAAGACCUUGAAUGGCACCAUCUUGGUUUGCCUUGGACUUCAUCUGACCGGGAUGUACAUGCAGCCAGCGAUGGCCUCUGGUUUGUCCUUCGGAUGCAAAGGCACGUCGGCAUGGGAACACGUCUUGGUAUACUGGGUUGGGGCGUUCCUUGGUUGCUAUGGUGCUAUUGUUCUCAACAAUUACGUUCACUUCAGCCUGGUGAAGGGGAAAGACAAGUCUGUCACCAACGGUCAUAGAAAAGGAGUCAAGAAUGGUUUUCACGGAAAAAAUACUAAACUGAAGAGGAGCCAUUAGAUUAUAUUUGCCAAUCAGGGUGCUUUCACCGUUAGUUGGUGACGAGUAUGUAUUUCAUUAUUAAGUAACAGUGGUCAACCCAUUUGGGGAUUCUCAGCAUGAAUGUAAGGGAAGAGGGAUGUUCACCAGUCAUGAUGAGCUGUUUGUAUACGGCUCAUCUGUUGACAGGGAUGUUCACCAGUCAUGAUGAGCUGUUUGUACACAGCUCAUCUGUUGACAGGGAUGUUCACCAGUCAUGAUGAGCUGUUUGUACACAGCUCAUCUGUUGACAGGGAUGUUCACCAGUCAUGAUGAGCUGUUUGUACACGGCUCAUCUGCUGACAGGGAUGUUCCUAUUGUAGGUGGUGACUGAAUGUAAAUGAUUGUGUAGAUAUGUUGGUAUGGAAGUGGACAUUGCCAAUGAACCAAUGUGUUUUCAUAUCUACACAUUUCCUUAUGAUCUUGUCCAAUGUUUGUAACAGAAUGAAACAUCAUGAUAUUGCCUUAAAAAAUUGAGAAGAAUAUGUUAAAUCUCUUAAAAUUAAGGCUUAGAUUUACUACAACUUUCCUGUUUAACAGUAAACAGUUUGUUGAGCUUUUUCACAAAUAUAACCAUGUAAUAGGCCAUGCUAAUGAAAUCUGACUAUUCACACAGUAUUGAAAGGGGUAAUAUGUUUGGAAUCUUACUGUAUAGGGAAUACAUAUAUAAACAUGAUUCUUAUUAUUGUGAUAUGAGUAUUGGGAGGGUGAAGGCCUGUAACAUGUGUAAGGUUUGGGCACUAGUUCAGUUGAAUAAGUUCUGUUCGUUCCCUGUGCAGCCUCAGAUCCGUGUUCAUUGUGUACAUGGGGCGGUCGGGUCAUCAUUUUCAGGCCAUGCCAGUUUUUGAUUGUGUUUCAUCAGCCCGCUUGACCAAACAGAAUUUCACUGAACUUGGGCGUUGCGCUAAUGUAUUACAUCACAGGCUGGAUGUAAGUAUGAUGCUUGAAACUUCAGUUUGUGAGGUUGAAUACUGAUAACUUAGGUAUGGCCAUUUUAAGGCAAUAUAUAUGUUCUUUUACAUACACUUUCCCCACAGUGAGCUUGCCUGAUAAAAGUUCAUCAGAUUUUCAUAUCCUGUCAGCAGCAGUAGCAGCUGUGAAUUGUUUUGUUUUCUCACUGUUUAUUUUUCUUAAAAUGUUGAUUGAUAUAUCAGCGUCAUAACAUGUUGUUUAAUUUUAGCCAUCUUAGGAUGUUGAUUCAAGAAACAGCUUGACAUUACUCCUUUGUAAUGAGUGUUCAAGAAUUUUAAGAUGUUUGUUUAUCUUUCAUUUUUAAUGAAAUUUCCAUUUUUAUUCAGACAUAAGACACAACCAUGAAAUGUGGUCUGUCUCAAUCGGCCACUGGAAUAUGUCAUUUCCUGGACAUGUUGGACUUUUUAACAUGUUUAGAUACAUUUACAUUUACUUUUACUCAACAUGCUUAAUGAAGUCUUUUCUGUAUUCUAGCUUUACUUGUCUUCCAAAAUAUAUGUCAGUGGUCACGUUUUGUGGAUGGUACAUAGGUUUAUCAAUUUCUGAGUCAUUAGGUCAAGGUUGGAUCUUAUCAGAGUGUCAGUCAGUUGGGAAGACUGGUUAGCAGAGCAUGAUGGAGGUGAUAUCCACCCCAAGUUGUAACGUAAUCCUGACCAAGAAUAGCACCAUCAUCAAUGUGAUAUAGUUUUAUGAAUCAGGCUUUCAUGAAUACAUGGAAUAGUGAACAUUAAAACACAUUUAGAAAUCAACCUCAACUCAACAUAGACAGACAUAUCAGUUCAUAUGACACAUGGGAAAAGUAGAGAAAAUUCCUUUGGGUGAUGGAGUGAUCUUUGUUGAGGAAGCAGAAAGGGUGGGGAUGACAGGGACUUUGUCGAUAUUCGACCACAAGACAUCAAUAAUUGUUAGUAAAUAUCCCCAAAUUGGAUUUACAGAUGUCCAAACUCACCUUAUGCAGUAGUAACUAAAGUGACGGUUUUGUAGAGGGGACUUGUUUUUCACUGACAAGUUUUAGCAAAUUAGCAAUUUAGCAAAAUUUCCUGUCAAGGGCAUUAAAUUUGGAAUCCCUGAUAAGUCUGUGGGUGAUACAUUUAGUGUUGACUUGGGUUUUAGGCUUUUUUUUAACAUAUUUGGUUAUUGUGAGUGCUGUUUUUUAUGUAUUGCAUGUCCAGCACUUAUACAGAUAUCUAAAUACAGUUUGCAGUUUGAAGGGGUAACAUUGCACAACCUUGUACAGUACACUGACCAUGCUCUCCAUGCUUGACAGGUCAGAUUUUCUGAUAUAAGGUAGCAAUUCAGUUUACAUGUACAGUUUUGUUUUUAAGACCUCAAGGCUUGUUUCUAUGUUUAUUUAACAUGUAACAGAUUUUUCAAAUUCUCAAAUUCACAUGUGCGCACUGUUCCCAACAUAACCAGCUUGUUUUCACAACUCAUUCUGAUUUUUUUUCCAUAGAGCUUGCCUGUAAUGAAUUAAACCCUUUCUGGCAUACUGGUUCAUGGUUGUGUAUGUGUGGCGUCAUCUUUGUAAUAAAAUAGAGGUGGAUUUGGGUCUCCAUCUGUUGUAAUGAAAGUUACAAACAUCAAUAUCAGUAAUUAUAUUCCUUUGCAUACAGGACGUCUUCACACAAUAGCAGAAUGAUUGCCUUCAUUCAGGAUUGCAGUAACAAAUUAAUAAAUAUUAUUAUACCAGAAUCAUGGAAAUCUGAUCUGGGAAGUAACGAUAUCUGUAUACAGGCCCUGUGCUAUCUCUACCUCUGUUCAUUUCUAGCACAUAGUCCACAUGGAGGGCCCUGAUAAGAGAAACUGAGCUGGUGAUAUCCCUAACACAUGCUGGUGUACACACAUGUCCAAGGUGUCGCUCAGUUUCUUAUCUUGAUAAAUUAAGUAUGUCGUAUUCCUGAUCGAUAUUCUAUGUAUACUUGACCGUGUUUCGGUGUACAAGUUAGGUGAGAGAAUUGUUUAUUGAAAGAACACCUGGUACAAAAUGACCAAAUAUCAAAAGCAUUACAUUAAUGAUGUCUGCUGGUCUGAAGUGUAUGGACGUCCUUGAAGACAGAUGUUUCUGAAGCGUUAUCAUCUCACCAGGCCUGAAAGGCAGUAGGAGCUGAUGUUGUGGCAAGUCAAAGUCAUCUAUCGGUGAAGGCAUACAUAAACGUUUUACAUUUUCAAUUUCUCUCUGAAAUGGAUUCGUGGGUUCAGCUGUGUGGAUGUUUGUUACAGUAAGAGGGUACACGUUUUGUCUAUGGCACCAUAAAUGGAAUUUCAAUAAAGUUGCCAGGUAGAUAUCAUGGACUUUUGAAAAAAUAAGAAAAAUGAAAAAAUCUUCUCCGUGUACUUGGAGCUGGGUAGUUCUGAGUUUUCUUUGAGGCAUCUUGAUCAGAAGUCAAACAUGGCUGACAGCAGCCAUAUUAGAAAAUAUAAAACAGUCGGUGAAGCUGAGACUUCAUGUGCCUGUUCCCACCCCUGUUCCCACCCCAGUUCCUACCCCCAUUCCCACCCCUGUUCCCACCCCUGUUCCAAACCCCUGUUCCAAACCCCUGUUCCCA